ACUCUCACCCCUGGGGAACUAAUGGAGCUCCAGGACGUUUGUGCCAAAAUCCCUUCCUACAAGUGUGGCCCUGUCAUACUGAGGACAAGGAAGCUGGUGACAGAGUUGGAGCCGAAGGUGGGCGAGUUGUCUCGUAUCUUCCGCUCAGUGCUGUGUGACUGCCUGGACAAGGUAGAGGGAGACAAGGACAUGAGAGUUAGGGGCCGCCGGCUGGAGUCUGAAACGCAGCAGGUCCUCUCCUCCAUCACCUUCCAGACCUGCAUCAACCCCAAGUGACGCAGGACAGCAGGCCAGGGGAACACAGGACAGGAAGGGUGGUCCAGAGAUGAGAGAGAAGAGGCAGCCAUAGAGGUCAACAGGAGGUCUAGGAGCAUGCCUGAGAAACCUGGACUCAGGGGUAGACAUAACAUAGUAAAGGUAAAUCUGGUUCCCUCCAAUUAGUUUGAUAUGUUAUGUUUCGUAUUGGUAUGUAUUGAUUUGUGGAUGUCCAUCAUCCAUUUUGUAUGAUAUGUUACAAAUUACAAUUUGUUACAAAUGACAAAAUGUUGCACAUUUUCAGAUCGUAUGAUAUCUUCCGAAUUCCAAUUUGUUGUGGUUAACAUUAGCUGGGUGGCUAAAGUUAGCUAGGCUAGGGGUUACGGUUUAAGGUUAGGAGUAUGGUAAAAGGGUUAAUGUUAUGGGAAUGGUUAGCUAACAUGCUAUGUACUGUAGUUGCAAAGUAGCAAAAAAAAAAAGG